AUGUCUGAUUUAUGGCCAAUUGCUUUAUGCAAUGUGCUAUAUAAGAUUUGUUCGAAGGUCAUUGCAAAUAGAUUGAAGCUUAUUCUUCCUGCUUUGAUAUCUCCGUUUCAAAGUGCUUUUGUUCCUGGAAGACUGAUAACUGAUAACAUUCUGGUUGCUAAUGAAGUGGCUCAUUUUAUGCACAACAAAAGAGAUGGAAAUGAGGGUUUUAUGGCUUUGAAGCUUGACCUAAGCAAGGCCUAUGACAGAAUGGAGUGGAUUUUUCUCCGUAGGGUGAUGGAGAGGUUUGGGUUUGCUUCUAGUUGGAUUAACAUGGUGAUGCAGUGUGUCAGUUAUGUACUGUACUCUUUCUUGGUUCUUGGGAAACCUCGUGGUUUGGUCAUACCUAGUAGGGGAUUGAGACAAGGUGAUCCUUUAUCACACAUGAUUUAUGUUAAUGCUUCGUUGGAGGAUUGCUAUCAGAUCCAAGAUGUACUUGAGAUGUAUGGUAGAGCUUCAGGUCAGUUAGUUAACUUUACCAAGAGUUCUGUUGUUUUUAAUAAAAAUGUUCCGGAAUUUAUGAGAGAAGAAAUUACUAGUUUUCUGGAGGUGGAGGAAGUGGAAUCUAAUGAGAAAUAUUUGGGAUUGCCAACCUAUGUUGGAAGAAAGAAAACUUCUACGUUCCAAUACAUAAAAGAUAAUUUGGCGAAGAAGCUAGCAAUUUGGCAAGGAAAGUUAUUAAGCGGGGCUGGAAAGGAUAUUCUCAUGACCAGGGUGGUUGCUCAAGCAUUGCCUACUUAUGCAAUGAGUGUUUUCCAGCUCACUAAGAAUUUUUGUGAGGACCUUGAGCAAAUGUGUGCUCGUUUUUGGUGGGGGAGUACUCUUGAUAAGAGCAAAAUUCAUUGGAAAACUUGGAAGGCUUUGUGUAACCCAAAGGAGGAGGGUGGCCUAGGGUUUUGUAGUUUGUCAAAUUUUAAUACUGCAAUGUUGGCAAAACAAUCAUGGCGUGUGGUGAACAAUCCGACUUCGUUAGUGGCUCGGAUCUAUAAAGCAAAAUACUAUCCAGAUACUACCUUUUGGUUAACUGAGGCUUCUGCUUCUCCUUCCUUUUCUUGGAGAAGUCUAUUUUCUACAAGAGAAUUUUUGAGACAAAGCUCGUAUUGGCAGAUCGGUAAUGGUUUGUCUGUUGAUAUUUGGUCAGAUUGUUGGGUGCCUGGAGUCCCAGAUUACAAACCGGUUGAUAAUGGUAUAGCGUCGUUGGAGGUUAGACAAGUAAGUGAGUUGUUGAACCAAGCAGGGAGGUGGAAUGAGCUAUUGAUUAGACAAAUGUUUCCAAUGAAGGAAGCUGAAGCUAUUUUGAGUAUACCUAUAAGUUCUAGAGUUGUUGACGAUAGAGUGGUGUGGCGUAUGGAAAAGAAUGGUAAAUUCACGGUUAAGUCAGCAUACCGUCAGGAUUUUUCUAUGUCAAACUCUAGAAGUCCUUUUCAAGUUUCAGUGGGGGUUAACUUUUGGAAGAAGAUUUGGAAAGUUGUCAUCCCUAAUUCUGCCAAGGUUCAUAUAUGGAGGGUUUGCCAUAAUAUUUUACCCUCUCUUGAGAGACUUGCGUCAAAAAGGGUGGUGUUGGAAACACAGAUUUGGGAUAAUAAGAGUGUUACAACUUCUGAAGUGCUUCUAAUGUCCAUGACUAGGCUGCAUGCCUUUAGAUUUCAUAAUUCAAAACCUCAUAUUGGAGGUACUGUGACGUUGUCACGUUGGUCUUCUCCUCUUGUGGGAUGGUACAAGAUUAAUGUAGAUGGUUCCUAUAAUUAUACUUCAAAAUGUGGAGGAGCGGGUUUUGUAGUCAGGGAUAGCUUGGGAAACUUUCUUGCUGGGGAAGGUAGGCCAUUGCAGGGGUUAUUAUGCUCGGAGCAUGCUGAGGUGUUGGGCUGCAGAUUGGCAGCGAACUUUGCUGUGGAGCAGGGGUUUGUUCCUUCUUUAUUGGAGCUCGAUGCUCAGGUGGUUAUAUACGUGAAUAGGAGUGCUAACAAAGUGGCUCAUCUUAUGGCAUCACAAGCUAGUUCUGAAGCUCAGGAACAUUUUUACUUUUCUUCCUCUCCUUCCUUUUUGAUUGCUGCAUUAGCAGCAAAUUAA